CAAGUGAGUGAACAAUGGAAUAGGGAAGUACUUAGUUUAUCGUUUUAUUGACUUUUUUGGCAUUUUAAUGUAACUUUACGCGGAUAAGACUUUAUAGCUAAUAAUAUAAUAAAUAAUUAAUAAUAUAAGCGCGUUUGUCAUUGUCGCGGUUAGAAGCGUAAACUGUUGAACCUGUGAAAGCUAUGCGAGUGACCUGUUAGUGUGUUAGUGAUCAUGGUAGAAAACUCUCCAUCUCCCCUGCCUGAGAGAGCCAUCUAUGGGUUUGUCCUCUUCCUGGGCUCACAGUUUGCCUUCUUGCUUUAUUUAGUUUGGGCAUGUGUACCUGAGACUUGGCUCCAUGCUGUUGGAUUAACCUACUGGCCUCAGAAGUAUUGGGCUCUCGCCUUGCCGAUUUAUCUGCUGGUUGCUUUAACCAUGUGUUUUGUGGUGCUGUUUGGAGUCAAUAUGAUGAACACAGCUCCUCUGUGUUCUGUGGACAAUGUCACAGAUAAUUUUGCUAAAGCUCAGCUUCAAGACCCGGGCCAGAAAGGGGCCAUACCUCGGCUCCGAGAUCUGUCCAUUAGUGAAGUCAACCAUCGUUUCUACCUCACACAGUGAACUCUGAGACCCCAAACCCCGGGAGUUAGAUGCAGCGUCCCUGCAUGAUGCUUCAUGUCUCCAAAUUUCUGAUCUGCAUUGAUCCAUAUAGAUGACCAGCAUCUAGGAUUGCUUUUCAUCAGUCCUGGAGUUUAGAGUUUGCUGAGGUUUUAGAUGCACCUAUUCCAUCACUCACUCAUGACAGGACAGACAUUUGACUUUAAGGUGAACUCUCAGCGUAAGGUAUGGUAAACACAUGACCCUCGGAGGUGGAGCCUAAUCUGGAGCUUUAGGGAAAAGUGCUAAAAAGAUACAAAGGUGGAAGGACUUUACACAGUCUGAUGGAGAGGAAGUAAAAGUAGAAACACAAAGAAUUAGCCAGAAAUAAACAUGCUUUAGAGGUUUAGCUGAACUUGUCCAUUUGGGUGGUUUGCUGAUUUGUAAAACUGGUUUUAGAAAGUCUAAUUGUUUAGACUUUUACUUCUUUAGACUUUGACUUAUGUUUUUUUUUUAAGAGAUUUCAGAAUGCUGUCUGCAUGUUAUUUUGAGAAGUUUAGAGUUUAAUUUAUACUUAUAAUUAUUAAAAAAAUUAAUUAAAGAAGUAAAUUUUGUAUAAACCCUUUGAAGUGCAUGUCUUGUCCAUUGAUGUCUCUAGAGAAAAAGAAAAAGCUAAAUGAAUAGGAAAAACUUAGUAAAUGUUAUUGACAAAAUUUUGUAUGUAUUUAGAUUUUUAAUACUAUACAUUAGCUCUCAGGAGGUCUGUGAUGUAUAGGGGGGUGUUUGG